AUGUUACGCUCAACUGGUAACAAAAGCGACUCUUUUCCCAGCAUGCCUUCAACUUCCGGUGCUAUUAAAAAAGAAUAUUCACUCCCGCUUGAGUUCUUUGUGGAGAGAGAUGAUGAAAACGCGGCCCUAUCUGUUCAUAUCUAUCUGCCUCGGCCUUUUCAUAUCUAUCUAUCUAUCUGCCUCGGCCUUUUCAUAUCUAUCUAUCUAUCUGCCUCGGCCUUUUCAUAUCUAUCUAUCUAUCUGCCUCGGCCUUUUCAUAUCUAUCUAUCUAUCUGCCUCGGCCUUUUCAUAUCUAUCUAUCUGCCUCUUCAUAUCUAUCGGCCUUUUCAUAUCUAUCUAUCUAUCUAUCUAUGCCUUUUCAUAUCUAUCGGCCUUUUCAUAUCUAUCUAUCUAUGCCUUUUCAUAUCUAUCUAUCUAUGCCUUUUCAUAUCUAUCUAUCUAUGCCUUUUCAUAUCUAUCUAUCUAUGCCUUUUCAUAUCUAUCUAUCUAUGCCUUUUCAUAUCUAUCUAUGUCUUUUCAUAUCUAUCUAUCUAUGCCUUUUCAUAUCUAUCUAUCUAUGCCUUUUCAUAUCUAUCUAUCUAUCUAUGCCUUUUCAUAUCUAUCGGCCUUUUCAUAUCUAUCUAUGCCUUUUCAUAUCUAUCUAUCUAUCUAUGCCAUUUCAUAUCUAUCUAUGCCAUUUCAUAUCUAUCUAUGCCUUUUCAUAUCUAUCUAUCUAUGCCUUUUCAUAUCUAUCUAUCUAUCUAUGCCUUUUCAUAUCUAUCUAUCUAUCUAUGCCUUUUCAUAUCUAUCUAUCUAUCUAUGCCUUUUCAUAUCUAUCUAUGCCUUUUCAUAUCUAUCUAUCUAUCUAUGCCUUUUUAUAUCUAUCUAUCUAUGCCUUUUCAUAUCUAUCUAUCUAUGCCUUUUCAUAUCUAUCUAUCUAUGCCUUUUCAUAUCUAUCUAUGCCUUUUCAUAUCUAUCUAUCUAUGCCUUUUCAUAUCUAUCUAUCUAUGCCUUUUCAUAUCUAUCUAUCUAUCUAUCUAUGCCUUUUCAUAUCUAUCUAUCUAUCUAUGCCUUUUCAUCUAUCUAUCUAUCUAUGCCUUUUCAUAUCUAUCUAUCUAUGCCUUUUCAUAUCUAUCUAUCUAUGCCUUUUCAUAUCUAUCUAUCUAUGCCUUUUCAUAUCUAUCUAUCUAUGCCUUUUCAUAUCUAUCUAUCUAUGCCUUUUCAUAUCUAUCUAUCUAUGCCUUUUCAUAUCUAUCUAUCUAUGCCUUUUCAUAUCUAUCUAUCUAUGCCUUUUCAUAUCUAUCUCUAUGA